UGUAGUCUUCUUAAGGAUUAUUUUGUACGGUCUCUAUGCUGUUAUGCGGCCGUCGUUAGGGGGACCCUCUAAGGGGGAGGAAAACUGGGUGUUGCCGUUUUUUUACGUCGACUGAAUCCAAGAAGCAACUCACACGGGGAUUGAGUUCAGUCAGCGCGAGCACUGCAUAACGGCUGCUUCAUCGAGACACCUCUUCGUUAACCGGCUUUAAAAACAUCCUCCAGAAACCGACACCAUGGGCGUGGAAGGCUGCACGAAAUGCAUCAAAUACCUGCUCUUCUUCUUCAAUUUCAUCUUCUGGCUGGCUGGUUGCGUAAUCUUGGGGGUUUCUCUCUGGCUUCGUCAUGACAAUAAAACAAGCAGUCUUCUGGAACUGAAGUAUGAGAACACAGAAGCACCCAGCACCUUCUACAUCAUACAUGUCCAUUUUCUUUCUCUCCCACAGUUCUUUGCCUGCCUGGUCAUUCUGUUUGCCUGUGAGGUUGCUGCUGGAAUCUGGGGAUUCAUGAACAAAGACAAGAUCUCCAAAGAGCUGAUCACUUUCUAUGACUCUGUGUAUGACAGAGGCAUUUUUCUUACAGAUAGUGAGCAAAAGCAGGCUGCCGCUGCUGUCUUGAAGAUCUUUCAUGAGACUGUAAGUAGUCCUGAUGUUCUGAGGAGCACACAAUUAAUUAAGCUAACACAAACUCCUCUCAAACCAAAUAAUAGUCCAGAUGCUCAAGGCAAUCAAAAUACACUCCGUAGACAGCGCUCUAGGACGGACGCGUUCGGCGCCUGCGCACUACCUAGUGAACCUUCGUUUCACUAA